AUGCCACCAACAUUACUCCUCAUCCGCCAUGCCCAGGCUUUACAUAAUGUCGCAUCCGACUGGUCGCUGCACGACCCCCCACUAUCAGACCUCGGUCACCAGCAAUGCAAAGAGCUAGAAGAGAGUCUGAAGAACAGUAAUAUUGGCAAUGAGGUCGAGCUCAUCGUUGUUAGCGCUAUGAGGCGCACGCUGCAGACAGCGAGUGAGGGCUUAGAAUGGUUGAUCAAGGAGAAGGGUAUAAAGGUUUUGCCGGAUGCUGGAUGGCAGGUGGGAGUCGAUAUUGUGCUUUUGUUUCCAUAUAACAACCCUUGUGAUCGGGCAUCCAUCACAACAUUGAAUCUCUCGGUGUCGUUCCCUCAUUCCUUGGCCCUUGAAAGCGUACAUAAAAGAAAGAAUACUAAUCCAGCUAUUCCAAUAGAAAACGCAGACAAGCCUUGUGACACAGGAUCUUCAAUUUCCACCAUGGCCCAAGAAUUCCCAGACUUCGACUUCACCUCCGUAGACCCGCUCUAUCCGGACAAGACCACCGACCUCGCCACAAAUCCCUACGCAUUCACCCCGCGCGCCCUCCUGGCCCGCGGUCAGACAUGCCUCCGUAAUCUCUACUCCCGCCCUGAGAAGGUCAUUGCCGUGGUCACGCAUUCCGGUUUCUUGCGCGUGGGGGUGUGUAAUCGGCGGUUCUUCAAUGCGGAUUGGAGGGUUUUUGAAUGGGAUGAGGAGGCUAUGAAGGAGAGCAAGGAGAAGGGGAAAGGGAAAGAUGGGGAAGGUUUGUUUUUGUUACGGGAGUGGGAGGAGACGGAGAAGAAGGGUGGAGGGAUGGGGAGGAGUGAGAAGGGAGUAUUCCCCGCAUCCAAGAGAGACUUCCCGGAGGGAGCGGAAUGGGUCGAUGGAGAGGGAGUCGGAGAGAAACCGGCGGGGAUGUAG